AUUUUAGUUAUUAUUGUAGAGACCGGAUACAAAGACGCAAAUAGCGAUGAUAAUAAAACGUUAAACGCGUGCGCAUAUAUUACUGACAUAAAGACGGUCUUAGUAUACCACAAAGACUCGUUUAGUUAACAUAAUUGCAAGAGAUUAGUAAAUUCGGUAAAUUCGAAAAGAAUUGCACAGCUGUUGUUAUAGCAUAAUGCUUGUACGACAAACAAGUGAACACGAACAAAAACUGUAAAACAAAUUGCAAAAUUGAAGAUAUAACUCAGCGUAAUUAAACAAGGAUAAUAGCGGUAUUAACUAGAAAAACAAACAUGAAAGAAUUUAUCCCUCAUUUUGGAGCAGUUUUUAUUUUCCACUGUAUAUUAAUCUUGGCAUUGUACAUAAUUCGACGUAAGAGAGGAAAGAGACAUGAGAUGAAAGUCAAGAAGGAUGAAUUAGCAACAGAAGUUGCAAGUAAUAUACAAGAUGUCUCAGAAAAUAUUUCAUCGGAAGAAAAAGACAAUUCCUCAGUUGUUUCUCAAUUACCAGAAAUGAGAUGGGUAAAAGUUGGCGAAGUCGUAAAUUUGCAGAUAUAUCCAUUAAUAUCGGGUAAAGCAUAUGCCGUUGACGAAUGCCACAUGUUCAAAGGGAUAUUUUUUAAAGGAAUGAAAAUGUUCAAGGAAGGAAAAAUAAUAGAUUGGGAUCGAUCAUUCCUAAUAUAUGAUAUGACAACCAAUCACAUAAUUACAACGGGUAAUUUCCCGGAGCUACACGAGCUGGAUGUGUUGAUUAAGAAAAAUAAAAUAAUUUUACAAGCCGGAGGUAUGCCCCCUAUACAUGUCAGGCUUAUACAAAGUAAACUUGUCGAAUGUACUUUCUGGUGCGAUGAAGUAUUGGAAAAACCAGGGAAGAUAGUUUGUAUCGAUUGUGGCGACAAAGCUGCUAAGUGGCUAUCCAGUUUUUUAUGUGGGUUAAACACCGGUGUACGUUUAGGAUAUGCAGUAGAUGCCGUUAGAGAAAUGGGCAUAUCUUGGCAAUACUGGCUCAGAGACUGUAUACUGCAUCAAAGAGUGAAGUGUAACAGAAACUACUUGGGUCCGUUUGCAAGUGUUUUACACAGUGUGGUACUAUCGUCUUUAUCAUAUGACGAAAUAUCGAGAAAAUUGAAAGAAUAUAAUCCGAAUCAAAUGAUUUGUCCGAACAUCAUUGUUUCUGCUUCAAAUCUUUACGCGGACAAAGUAUGGGAGUGGAUCAAGAUAGGCGAUGUAAUCAUUAAUAAUACACAACCGUUGGUAGUUUGGCCGAAGGAAGGUGAACAAAGUGAAGUUAUAAGAUUGUUUGGUUUGGGAAUUAAUUGCCAAGUGUAUCUACCAGGAUGUGUUAAAUUAAAUGACAACGUAUACCUUCAUAUUCCAAAAAGUGAGGAGGAAAUGAAAAGCAAAGAGAAUAUUACUGAGGAGAGCAAUGUAACGCAACAUAGUAAUUUUUAAUAUGACUCGAUUAUUAUUAAAUUCUUAAAGUUCACAGCUUUAAGGUUCACCUUCUUCCUUAUCCUUACA